AUGCUUUAGAUGGGAAGAUCAAAGUUGAAGAAAAGACUAAAGCGAGAAGAAGAAUCGACAGAAGAGCCGACAAAUACGAAAGUACCAAUAGAUAAUUUACCAAAAAAAUUCCUCUGGAUGCACGUGAAGAACGGUACAAAGAUCAGAAAAGUCCUUGAUUACGCGUUGAAGGAAUUCCCCAAUCAUAAUAGCAUUGUCUGGACCGGAAUCGGACAAGGUAUUGCAAAAGCCAUUUCUUGUGCGGAACUCUUCAAGAGGAAGCACGAGGGCCUCCACCAAGUCACAAAAUUAUGUUACAUCGAACCGGAAAAAGAGGACGUAACUAUCGAGAUUAAGCAAAUACCGGAAAUUCAUAUCUUAUUAACUAAGGAUAUUAAGGACACAACUGAGCUUGGAUAUCAAGCGCCUGACGAUUGUGGAAAAUUUCCAGAGAAGGAAGAUGCAUUGGCAUCGAAAUCAACAAAAGACAUUGGCAAUGUGUCUUGCAGCAACAUUGAGCAAUUAGGGAUAAAAAAGCUACACAUCGGACAGAAAAGGAAGAAGAUUAAUAAUGCGAAAUUAUCCUCGAAAAAAAGUAGAAAAAAUAUAUCUUGAUAUUUAUGUGCGAUAACAUAUUAAUAUAUUAUAUUUAAAGAAAGAUUUAGAUGUUAUAAUUUUAAAUAUUAGAAAUAUAUACAGAUCCAAAAAGAAUUUACAAUUUAUAAUUUAUAGAACAUUUUUACAUCCGAUCUUAAUAAGAUCUUGAUAGACUUAGAUAACUGGCUUUACAAAAAAUUUUAAUAUGGUUGAAGUAUUAAUACCUAUUUCUUUUUAAUUUUAUAAUUUCCCACAAUUUUUUCGCUUACAGUUCGAAUUAUCUCUCGUUUUAAAUAUAGAAAGUAAAACUAAAAAAGUACAGAUCUCCACGUUUACAAUUUUUGAUAAAUACUAUUAUUGUUUCCUUCUGAUAACAAUUUCAGAAGAAAAAUGACAAAAGUCGUAUGUAGAAAGUUUAUUUUCUAUCAGUACAUAAACAAAUUUUCACAGGACAAUCACAUGUUAUGUAUAUAUAUGUAUAUUUAUAUAUAUAUUCCUGUUAUGUAUUGAUUCUUCACAUCACACCAUAUUCAUUAAUAGAUUAUAAUUCGAACUUUUGUACUUACAAAUUUUAUGUACAGUGCUACAAUAUCCUGAUUACAUCAGAUAAGAAAAGAAAUCUAUGUCACAAUGCAUAAUUUGUCAGAGCCCAGUGUCUCUUGUUUAGAAUCUCAUUAGUAGUGUAUAGAGCAGUACAAUUUUCACAUCACAUCAUACAUCAGUAUGUCAAAUGUGAAUUACAAUUUAAUUUUUCAUGCAAACUCCUAUAAUACUAUUUUACAAUAUAUAAUAAAAGAAUCUCAUAACGAAGGCGUGUGUAUGUGCUGCUUUUAUAAAAGAAGAGUUACUUUAUUCGUCACGCUAUCAUCACGUCCUCAUUUUCUGUUUACUAUCGUAAGAUCUGAUUUUGUAAUCGCUAUUUUUUCAAUUUAAAAGAACCUACUGUUACUCAUUUAAAAAAACGAUUCAUGCUAUUUUUCAUGUUAAUUUUAUAACGAUAUGUUAUUUUGAAAUCUUAAUGAAUUGGCAAAUCACCAAUCUAUUCUUUCAACUUUCUAUUUCUUUUUUUUAUCAUAACUUUGACUUAGCUUUAUGCUUUAACAUACAUAAAAUGAGUAUUUUGUCCAAAAAUUUCAUCGACAACGGAAUAGGAAAGUUUAACAUUCUGCGAUUGAUAUUUGCUAUAUGGUAUAUAUAUAUAUAUAUAUAUAUGUAAUAACAAAUAUUUUUCUCUAUACCAUAUUUAUCGUUAUUUGCUCAAACAAUGCAUUUUACAAAGAUCAACUACGUAAUGUGGAUUAUUAUGCUCACUUUAAUAUGAUUCUCAUAUAAUAAUGUGUAAAAUUGUUUAUAUAAAUUCACAUUCUUGUUGCAAAUCGAUAACAAACGCAGUUCGAGAUUUCCAAUUUAUUGGAAAUUUUUUUGCAAAUGAAUCUUGUUUUACCAAACCAUUUCAAUAUUUAUAUCACUUCUCAAAGCUGAAUUUGUUGCUUUAUUAUAGGUAGAGUAAAAAUAAUUAUGUAAUUAAUAUAAUUUGAUUCUCUUUUUUAUACUAAAAGAUUUUAACGUUUCUCUUACAAAACGCAUUAUUUUUACAUAUAAUUAAUGAUAAAUAAAAUUGUACAAAUAUAAUAGAAUUUUAACAGAAUCGCAAUAAAAAUUUUGUUUAUACAUACAGAAUGUUUAUAAACAAUUAUAUAUAUAUAUAUAUAUAUA